AACAUUGAAUGAAUAUAAAAUAAUAUCGCACUUGAAUAUAUUUUAUAUAUUUUCAUAAAAGUUUAAGAAUUAUUAGUGUUUGAAAUUUUCAUUUUACAUUUAUAUAUUUAUCAGUAUUAAAAUCACAUUCCGUUUUUACAUACAAUAAAAAUCAAAGUAAGAAAUUAUCGUAAAAAAACUGUGCCCGAUGGACACUGGAAACCAUGCAAUAGAAUUUAUUCACCAGGAUAUUGUAAAAAAUCAACUUCAAGUCACGGCUUUAAUACAGGAUAUUCAACAAUGUACUGGUCCUUUAGAAUUGCUUAAUGAAUUAAAUGCAGAAGGCAGAGCAAAAAUAGCAAUUUUAAAAUCAUCUAUAGAUAAAUUAGCAUCCAUAGCAGAAAGAGAACUUUCAGAAAAAAAAAGAAUAGAAUUAUUAACUGAAGUAGAUGUUUAUAAACAACAACUUAAUACUUCUUUAGCUGCAUUUCGUAAAGCUAAUGUUGUUAGUGUCUGUGUAAUAGAUAAACUUGCUAAAGAAGAACUGCUUUCUAUGCCUGAAGAACAACAAUCUGCUAUUCGUAGAAGACAUGACAAGAAAAGUCUAGCAAAUACAUCAAAUCAACUCUCUGACAAACUUUUAAGCAUAUCUAGACACUUAGCUGAAACAACUCAAAAAAGCGCAGAUACAUUAGAUACAUUAAUAAUAUCAUCAGAUAAAGUUAUCAGUACUAAAGAUGAAUUAGAACAUCAACAACAAGCUAUAGUUCAAUCUGGAAAACUUUUAGGCAAAUAUGGUAGAAGGGAAGUUACUGAUAAAGCUUUAGUAGCAUUAGCAUUUAUAUUUUUUCUUGCCUGUGUUAUUUAUAUCUUACAAAAGAGACUAUUUUAAAAAGUAUAAUAAUAUCAUAUAUCAAAAAUUUUAAAAUCAUUUAUAGAUAUGAAAAUU